CCAGUACACAGGACCAGUAUAAAUCCAUUGCCCACCAUGGAGUGCAUGGUACAAAAUUGAUAAAGUUACGUGAUCGCAGAAAAAUGAAUCAGCUCUAGUCUUAACAAGUUUGAGAUCUAAAAAAGUAUCAUAAUACAGCAAAAAAAGAUGAUUUUACAGCCUUCUAAUGUCGAACUUACAAAAGUUUAUUGGUAUGACAAAAAUAAAAGGGCACAAAACAUGUCAGUAUCGACCAUAAGCAGAGAAGUUUACCAGAACAGUUUUAACAAAAAUGCGAUAAUCAAGAAAAAUAUUUUUGGUCAACGAUGGGUAUUGAAAAUCAACGAAGUUGAAGUUCUCAAAAAGAAGGAAUCAGUUAAAUGGAAAACGUAUGCUUAUAUUUUCGUGUUUUGCAGUUUGGUGUUGGCAGUUGGUUGCGGAAUCUUCUUUUCUUUUGAUCAUAAUAUCUUUAGAACAGAGAACAGAGCAACUCCUAACGACACGAACAUUAUAAUAUACGAUGAAAAUGAUGUUAAAAACAACAGAUCAGGAAGAAACGAGUUUUUCCAAGCGCAAAUGUCAAAUAUCACUGAAGAAUCAACUGUUCAAAAACCCAGUGAAAAUAUAAAACAAUUGCCAACGAAUGUGACCAAAUUUUAUUGCAUUAAUUGUACAGAAGAGGAGAUCUGUAUGAAAACUGAAGAAACUGCAAAACCAAAAUGUAUUAAAGUACAAGAUAGAAGGGAUCCAACAGGUUGUGGAGGUUUAUGUAAAAUUAACAUAGAAUACUGCAAGAAUCUAGACAAAACCAAACAAGUAUUUCAGUGUUUGCCAUUAAAAACACUUCUCAAAUGUCCUGAGAACACUUUUAAUUGUGGAAAUAUGUGCAUUGGGUUGGAAAUGAGAUGCGAUGGACAAAACGACUGCAUGGAAAUGGUUGACGAAAAAAAUUGUGAUUGUGAAUUAAACACGCAUUUUCAGUGCGGAAAUGAGACUUCCUGUUUGGAGAAAAAUAAAAUGUGCGAUGGAAAAGUGGAUUGUUGGGAUAAGUCUGAUGAAAUCGAUUGCAGAAAAAGAGUCCGUUGUCAGGAGAAUCAUAUCCCAUGCUUGGACGAUCAAUGUAUUCCCAAAGAAAAACUAUGCGAUGGAGUAUUCGAUUGCCAUGAUAAAUCAGACGAGCCUAUAUGGUGCCAACGAGUUAAAUGGUUAUAAACUGUGGUUAUAAAAUACCUAUUUAUAUAUGUAUUUUUUUAAAAAUAUA